GGCGUACCUUUGCCAUUGGCUCAAGGUCUUUUAGGUGCGAUGGCUUUGCAAGCCCUCAGUUCGGGCUUGGGCUCUGUGAAGAAAGCGGCGAACCGUGUCGCUCAGCGAGAAUCUCCGUUGGAGAAGAACCUCAGAGAGGCCACCUCCAACCAAAACUGGGGCGUUCCCAACAGUCAGCUGCAUGACAUUGCCCGGGCAUCUUUUGACUUUCAAGAGUACGGUGUCAUCAUUACUGAGAUUUGGGCUGGUUUGCAGGAGUCCAAGUCUCGAUGGAGAAGAGUCCUGAAAACAUUGAGUCUUUUGGAGUUCUUGAUCAAGAACGGCACCGAACGUAUUAUUGAUGAAGUCCGUCGAGAACAAUUCAAGGUCCGGCCUUUAAUGGACUUCAGCUAUUCAGAAGAUGGUAAAGACAAGGGCGCUUCAGUUCGGGAAAAGGCAAAGGCCAUCCUUGAGUUGCUGAACGACAAUGACAUGCUUCGCUCGGAGAGAGAAAAGGCUCGUGUCCACCGAGAUAAAUUCAUGGGCAUGUCUUCAGUGGACAGCAGCAGCUACUCUGGUUAUGGUGGGAGCAGCGGGUACGGCGGGGGAGGGAGCUACGGCGGAAGUGGCAGCUAUGGAGGUGGCGGCAGUUAUGGAGGUGGCAGCGGCUAUGGAGGUGGCGGCAGUUAUGGAGGUGGCAGCAGCUACGGAGGUGGAGGUGGAGGUGGUGGUGGCAGCAGCUACUCUGGGGGCGGGUAUGGCGACAGGCCGUAUGACCCCUAUGUCGGCAACAAAAAGUUUGAAGAAGCACGGCGAAGAAAUGACGACCGCGAUAGGGACGAGCGAGAUCGCUAUGGAGAUGACGACCGAGAUCGUCGUCGUCGCGAUGACAGUGGUGACUACGAUCGUCGCCGCCGCGAUGAUCGCGAUGACAAGGAUGAUAGGCGGCGGGAUGAUCGAGACCGGGACGGUCGGCGUGACGACCGAGAUGACAGGCGCGAUCGAGACAGACGGCGCGAGGACGACUUCGAUGACCGGCGUGGUUCCAGAAGAGACAGUCGGGAUGAACGAGAUGACUCAAGAACUGAAAAAAUCGCAGCACCGCAGGCCAAUUUGCUGGACAUGGGCGACCCGGCUCCUCCAGUUCCUGCAACUACUGCAGCCCCCGCUGCAGCACCUGCUGCAUCUGGAUGGGGUGCUUUCGAGGGUGGAGACUUUGCUGACUUCACGGCAGCAACUCCAGCUCAACCCGCAGACGGCUUUGGAGACUUUGUAGGAACAUCUGCACCUGCUGCACCAGCUGCGCCUGCCGCACCGGCUGUUGACAUGUUCCAGAGCUCGCCAAAUGUAAUGCCUGACCUUUUCGCUCAGGCUGGCGGCUGUGGAGGUGGUUGUGGUUGCGGCUGCGGAGGUUGUGGAUGCUCAGGCUGUGGUGGCUGUGGUGGCUGCCCUGGAUGCGGAUGUGGUGGAUGCGGCGGCUGCCCCUGUGGCAGCGGCUGCGCGUGCGGAUGUGGAGGCUGCCCUGGAUGUGGCACGGCCUGUGGCGGAUGCUGUGGCGGAUGCCCUGGCGGAUGCCCUGGCGGAUGCCCUGGGUGUGCUUCUGGUGGCCCUGGCGGAUGUGGUGGUUGUGGCGGAUGCUGUGGCCAGCCUUGCGCUGGUUGUGGAGGAUGCCACAGCGGAUGCGGAGGCGGUCCCGCAUGUGCUGGUUCGACUCAACCUAGCCCGCCAGCUGGACAAGUAGACACAAGUGGGUCCUUUCUGGAUGGCAUUUCCAGCAAGCUUUUGGACCUCAAUCUUGGUUCUGGCACAUCCCAAGCAUCCCCAUCUGGGUCCAGCACCGCAAAACCAAUGGGAGGAGCUUCGAUGGGCGGUGCCAUGGGAACUGGACCCGCCAUGGGCAGUGCCAUGGGCAUGGCAUCAAUGGGAAGUUGUGGCGGUGGCUGUGGAGGCUGCGGCGGCUGCGGCGGCUGUGGAGGCUGCGGCUGUGGUGGGUGUGGCGGUUGCCCAGGCUGCGGUGGCUGUGGCGGCUGUGGCUGCGGCGGCUGUGGCUGUGGUGGCUGUGGCUGUGGUGGCUGUGGUGGGUGUGGUGGGUGUGGAGGAUGUAGUGGGUGUGGUGGGUGUGGAUGCAGCGGCUGUGGACAAUGCGGUGGUGGUGCCUGUGGUGGAUGUGGAGGGUGUGGUGGGUGUCCAGGCUGUGGUAUGCAGAUGGGAAUGGGAGGGAUGGGUCAGCCGGGCAUGCCCCAGAUGGGGAUGGGUCCAAUGGGCCAGAUGGGUCAAAUGGGGAUGGGAAACAUGGGCAUGAAGUGAGACACUUCACCUUGUCCUCAUCCAAUACUUCGAGUGGCCAGUGAGAGCAAAUCGUCUCCGGACUGUCUUCAAAUGAUGUGUUCUCCAGAUCCUGGUCCUCAUGGUCCGAUUAUCCAUGAAACAAAGGCAUUCUUUGUUUCUUCGCCGUCCCCCAUUCAAAGCUGGCAUUGGACCUUCUGGCGAUUGCACAAAUUGCGCAAAUAUUGGCGAUUUGGGAAGAAUCACCACUUUCGCCCCCUAGUGUUCAGCCGCAGAAAGAUCUGAACUAAACUGACGUGUCAAUGAAAGACCGUUGCAGCAAUUUGACCAAUGAUGUGCUGUUUUUUCGUUGCCGGAAUUGAGAUGUUGUUGGAACUGUCCUUCGAGAUUCCUUCAAACUUGG